ACUCGGAGCUCCACGGCCGCCGCACGAGGACGCCGCGAUAACGUUAAUCAUGAAGGGGCACCUGCUGUUGCUGGCCUUGCUGGUCGCAGCCAUCUGCACCGUCGACGCCCAGAAACACCGCAGACGUCACAAGCGUCUCCGCACAACGACCACUACCACAGUAUCACCAACGUUGGAGGAACACCGCGGUGAUGCCGAGGACAGGGAAGACGCCGAGGCUGACCAUCUGGAGAUGGGCAUGAUGGAGCGGGAAGACGAGAGGCGGUACCAGGAAGCCCAGCGUAAGCGUCUAAACGAGAUUGGAGCCGACAUCAACGAUGUAUUCCCCGAUGGUGCCGACCCGUGCCUAAAGGUCCACUGCAGCGCUGGUCGUGUUUGCGAAAUUGAUGAACACGGCGAGGCUGUAUGCAACUGCAUCAAGGAGUGCCCUGACGAGACAGACCUGCGCCGCAAGGUGUGCACCAACCACAACGAGACCUGGCCAUCCGACUGCGAGGUGUACCAGCAGCGCUGCCUCUGUCUCGACGGCUCGGAGGCCUGCAAAGGCCCCGAGUUCCACCAUCUGCAGAUCGAGUACUAUGGCGAGUGCCGCGAGAUGCCUGAAUGCACUGAAAGCGAGAUGGCCGACUUCCCCCGUCGCAUGCGCGACUGGCUCUUCAACAUCAUGCGCGACCUCGCUGAGCGUCGCGAACUUUCCGCGCACUUCCAGCGUAUGGAACGCGAGGCCGAAGCCAACCUCACUAGGAGAUGGACUAACGCUGCUAUUUGGAAGUGGUGUGACUUAGACGCCCAUGACAAUGACAGAUUCGUGUCCAAACACGAGCUGUUCCCGAUCCGGGCUCCGCUGAUGGCCCUGGAGCACUGCAUCGCGCCCUUCCUGGAGCUGUGCGACGCGGACCGCGACCACCGCAUCACCCUCGCCGAGUGGGGCAAGUGCCUCGAGCUGGACGAGACGGAGCUGGAGGAUCGCUGCGACGAGUUCAUCGGCGACGGCGACAGCGUCGAGGAGUCGUAAGCCGCGCUCCAGCGACACCGCUAUUUUGGACGAAGAAUACUAGGACACCAC